UGCAAAACAAUCCAGCUUACUCUAACCAGCUUCUUGUUUACCAAAAGACAGGCUGGCUGAUCAAACUGCUUAGGAUGGGGUUUGUUUUAACUGACAGACACAGCUGGAUCCUCUGUUUUCUGCAGUUAGCAUCUUUACUUCGAGCAGUGAGCUCUACAGGGGCAUGCGAGAGCGUGUUUAAGGGUUUCUCUGCCUGCUUGCUCAGCCUUGGAGAAAACAUGGUGAACUAUCCUCAUGAUCUGGAUGACUUGGAAAAUCUGCACACUGUCUGCUCAUACUGGAGUGAUUUCCUGUCAUGCACCUCUUCUGCGGUAGCAGAAUGCCAGGACGACGCAGUGGAGCUUUGGGAAAAGCUCAAAGUGCCAUCUGGGAAUCUGAACUACAGGGGAAGUCUGUUUCAACUGUGCUCGAAAGAUAACGGAGCAGCAGGACUCGGUUUUGCACUGGAACUUGUAGUCUGUGCUGUGACUGUCUCCAAACUGGUUAUGUGGAUGAUUUGGGAAUGAAAUUAGAAUAAGAUUCAUUUCAUGAUUAGAAACUAAAUGAAAACCGGAUCGUAAUAUACCGGAUAUCAUUCUUUAGCACUGUUAAACCUGACCACUUAAAGCCAUAUACUUCAAUAUUUCUAAAGCAUUUA